ACUACUCAUACAACUGUCACGCCAGCAGUCACCACAUCUGGUGUUAAGAGCGCUAAUACCACUUAUUCAACUGUCACACCAGCAAUCACCACAUCUGGUUUAAAUAUAACACAGAUUACAAAUUGCAUGGGAACCUCAUGUGUACAGAAUCUCCUUGACCAGAUAGAGGGUAUUGCUGUUCUCAACAUAACGGAUGUGACCAAACUUUUGGACAUGGUCUUCAGUGCUUCAGAGAAGAUAAACACAUCAUCAGAUGACCCAAAGGAACUAGUGUCAGAUGUGUUAAAAGCCAAUGAGAAGCUUGUGUCAAUGUUGGUGAAGCCAACAAACACCUAUGCCAAUGUCAGUUUCACUCAUGCAGCUGUGGAGGCGCAAAUGUUUGUGGUUGGACCACAGGCCAACCUUGAUAAAAUCCCUCGGCUCAACACAACAAAUGCUUCUAUAGACAUCGAUCUUAUUGGGAUCGCCAGGAACAAUUCAGGAUCAGCUGCUGUGACUUUCAUGAGCUACAACACAAUGGAGGACCUACUGAUACCAGACUUCUUCAUCACAUCAGAUAACACAGUUAAAACCAUGAUGUCCACUGUCAUCUCAGCUACUCUUCCUAAAACCACCAACAAAACGCUCACCAAACCAGUCAACUUCACCCUUAAACACAGCAGAGAGAUAAACAACAGUGGUAAUCUUUCUUGUGUGUACUGGAACAUCAGUGAGUGGAUUGUAGAUGGUUGUUCUGUUGUAAAGAUCAACAGCAGCUUCACUAUGUGUUCAUGUGUUCAUCUGUCAACAUUCGCUCUCAUCAUGCAAACCAGCAGAAGCACAUCAGAGGAUAAAAGUCAGCCGAUGGAGUCGAUGAAUAUGGUGUUUGUGAUCGUGGGUCUGGUGUUUACUAGUUUAGCUCUGUUGACUUUUGCUUUCUGUCGAUGGAAACCUGGAGUGACAAAUGUAGCUCGAAUCAACCUCUGCAUCAGUCUGCUGUCUGCUCAUCUUCUGUUCUUACUCACACAACAAUUCAUCAAUCUCAUAAAACCUCACAAGGUGUUGUGUGCUGUGAUAUCAGGAGCUCUUCACUUCUUCUUUCUCUCCUGCUUUGUGUGGAUGUUCAUUGAAGCUGUGCUGCUCUUCAUCUGUGUGAAGAACCUAUCACAGAUCAGCUCCAGACAGAGGGCGAUGCUUAACAAGGGAUUCUUGAUUGUGAUUGGUUAUGCGAUUGAUUUUGUUAUAGUGGGUGUGUCUGCUGGACUGGUUCCUGAAGGCUACGGCAGUGAACAAUGCUGGAUUAAAGUGGAGAGAGGCUUCAUCUGGAGUUUUCUGGGACCUGUUUGCUUCAUUCUUGCAAUAAACAUAAUACUCUUCAUCAGUAUCUUCAUCAGUCUGAAUUUAACUCUUAAAAACGUCAACCUUGAUGUUUCACACAUGAGACAAACCAAGAUUACGGUUUUUAAAACUCUGGCCCAGUUUGUGAUUUUUGGUUGUCCCUGGAUUCUGGGUCUCUUCAUUAAUAACAGUAAGAUGAUGGAGAUUCUCUUCCUGAUUUUGAACUCACAGCAAGGAACCUUCAUCUUCCUGGUCUACUGUGUCCUCAAUAAUGAGGUCAGAAAGCAGUAUGUGAAGUGGAUGAGAGCUGUCUUUCUCAGGCUCGAACCAAAUACCUUAUAAGAUGCCCCUCAUCCAAAAAACUGAGGCCCAUAUAAUUCAUGUUUAGUAAAUUGUAAUGUGUGUGUGUUUUAUUUUCAGAGGGCAAAUAUACUGUGCAUAUAAUCGAGUUAAUUUGUGUUGUUUUUCAUAUUUUAUUUACACAUUUAUCAUUUUUAUAUCUCUUUUAUAAACUCUUUUAUUAUGUGUCAAAUUAUAUUAUAUGGCAUGGGACCAUAAUGUCAUUAAUUGUCCAUUAAAGGCGGAGUGCACAAUGUUUGAAAGCCAAUGUUGAUAUUUGAAAUCACCUAAACAUACACGCCCCUACCCCAAUAGAAUCUGGACCUUCUUUUAAAAGACCCACCCCACACAUACUCAACCCGGGCACGGAUGUCGGUUAGUAGACACGCCCCUUACUGCUAAUUGGCUACAAGUGUGUUUUGGUAGUCGGCCCGUCUCCUUUCCAAAGCGUUUUUCAAACAUUGUGCACUCCGCCUUUAACUUUGCAUGAUAUAGGAACACUGUUCAGAUUAUUCAGUAAAUGCUUUGUUCAUUUUUACAAUGAUUAUGUCUCCAGCUUUCUGCUAUAGGCCUAUUCUCUGGGCUGGUAAAUGAGAUUUAGCAACAUUAUUCUGUAUUAUGUCAGCUUUUUAAUUCUUCUAGGAAAGCUAAAUGACUUGUUAUUGCAUUGAGAGCAUCUUGACCACACGCACAGUGUGAAAUGAUGGCACCAUAGAAACAAACUUCAAGAGCCUGUGGGAUAAAAACUGCAGAGAGGAAGGCUGA